GCAGCGCAGAAUACUUGACGUGACUUACUAAAAAAAAUAAAACAGCAACACCACGCUGUCACAAUUUGUCAAAUAUUGGUUUGGUAAAAAUGACGAGCUACACAAUUUUCGUUCGAUAAAAAAAUAAUACAAAAAUAUACGCGAGUUUAUCACAAUGACUGUUUGGCGUAAACUUGAAGAUGAAGAAGUGUACGCAGUUGCCAUCUACAACUUCACAGCCAGACCAGGCUCUCUGCAGCUCUCGUUCGAUGUCGGCGAACUGGUCCACAUCGAGAGAGAGACAGACGAGUGGUAUUGGGGCAAAUGCCUCAAUAGGGACGCCAGUGGUGCCUUCCCGAAGAACUACGUACACAUAAGGGACUGUAUUGUUGACAAAUGCGGCGGCACAGUCGUCGCUUCAGCUGGCGGGAACGGCGUGGUGCACGACAUAGCCGUCACUCUUAGAGAAUGGUUGCAGCAUUGGAAGAAAUUGUAUAUCACAAACGAUGUCCGUCUAAAGUUCAUGGAAGUGAGCUUGCUUACUCUCUUAGAGCUACGAGGUCAAGCGGCGUCGGGAGCGUUGCCACUAGACCAGCUGAGACGAGUCGCCAGGACUGCAGUCUUCACUAUAGAUAAGGGAAACAGAACAUUAGGUAUGGAGUUAGCAGUAAGAACGGCCAACGGUAUGUUGGUUGAUCCGUUAAAAGUGUCCACAUAUAGGUUAAAUGCGCUACACGAUGAAGCUAAUACUCGUAUCGAGAAAAACAUGGAAACCACCCCCAUAACACCCCCACCGACAACGCCCCCUGGCGCUCGUACAUACACAGUCGCGGUCCGAGUUCACAACUUCGUGUGUCGCAUGACGGAACCAGCAGAACUCGCGCUUGCAUUACACGACGCUUCGGGAGCUAAACUCACUGAACAUUUGCUACUGAAGUGGCCUACUAAUCAUGUUAGCCCGACACUUGUUGUGUUUACUGAUUUCGGCAGUGAUAUAUUGAAGAAUGAAAAAUUGUAUCUAGUGUGUAAUAUAGUCAGAAUAGGAUCGAUGGACGCACAAAACAUUGAUCACAGACGCAGUUCAGUAGCUCAAUCGCUUCCGAUAUCGACAUCGGGUCGUUCGAUGCGUCGUCCGUUCGGAGUCGCGUGCGCAGACAUCAAGCGAUCCCUGACCACUGACAGUCCGGACAAACAUAUACAAGUGCCAUUUUAUCCUUAUGAAAAGGAAAACUUGGACGCAUUAUUGAAGAAAAUAAUAACAAAUCGUGAGAUUAAAGACACGAAGAAUCCUCAAGGAUUGUGGGUGUCCGUUCAAUUGGUUGAAGGUGAUUUAAAACAGAUUCGUGAAGAAAACCCUCACAUAGUGGUCGGUAAGACAGCCGUAGCCCGAAAGAUGGGUUUCCCCGAAGUCAUACUGCCGGGCGACGCUCGCAACGACCUGUACGUGACUGUGUGUGGUGGUUCGUUUUCUAAGGGAGGGGGCAAGUCCUCGGAGAGGAAUAUAGAGCUAGUGGCGAGGGUUGUCGAUAAACAUGGGAAGAUAUUGCCAGGAGUGAUAUCAGUUGGCGCUGGCGUGCCUCUAACCAGUGAAUACACGUCGGUAGUGUAUUACCACGACGACCGGCCGCGAUGGCAGGAAGUUUUCAAGGUCUGCCUGAAUAUCGAAGAGUUUAAAGAAGCGCAUCUAGUCUUCCUCUGUCGGCAUCGAUCAUCUAACGAGGCUAAGGACAGAGCGGAGAGGCAUUUCGCUCUCUCCUACUUAAGGUUGAUGCAACGAGAGGGAACUACUACACCGGACACACAACAUAAUCUAUGUGUUUAUAAGCUGGACAAGCGCAGCACGGCGGAGUCGGAGGCGGAGGCGUGCGCGGCGUGCGUGGCGCUGCCGGCGCGGCGCGACGAGCUGCCGGCCGGCGCCGAGCACGGCCUCACGCGCGCCGCGCUCGCGCUCGUGCACCGCGACACGCUCACCGUGCACACCAAGCUCUGCUCCACCAAGCUCACGCAGAGAGAGGAAAUCCUUGGAGUACUAAAAUGGAACACUCACUAUGCUGAGGGCACCUUAAGAAAUGCUCUCACUCAACUACUAUCAGUCCCAAGUGAGGAACUGGUGAAGUUUCUACAAGAUAUCCUAGAUGCGUUGUUCAGUAUUCUUACACAGGUUGAAGAAGACCACGAAGGCUACUCGGACACGAGUUACGGUGUUCUGGUACUGGAAUGUCUACUAAGGGUGAUAUCUUUAGUGGCCGAUCAUAAGUACCAGCACUUCCAGCCGGUGUUGCACGUUUAUAUUGAUGAUAGUUUCUGCGACGCGCUGGCUUAUGAAAAACUAAUCUCAGUGAUGGUUUGGGUGAUAUCGGCGGCGAACGCUGGCGAUGCGGCGUUAAAACGUCUGUUAGUCUGCAUGAAGUGUAUCGAGAGCCUUAUUCGAUUGAUCGUGAGGAGUCGACAGUUGCGAAGCGCUUUAGGCGAUAGAGCCUCAGAUAAUGACUUCUGCUGUUUGUUUGAGAACCUUCUAGAGAUGUUGGUGUGGCUGAUGCGUUGCGGUGACCACGCGCUCACGUGUCAGGGCUCCGCGCUCAAGUACCUGCCGCACGCUGUACCGCAUAUCAUUAAAGUCUACCCCGAUACUGAACUCAGUGCAUACAUAGUCCGCGCUCUGGACGCCCUCCCUCUCGGCCGGCUCAGCAAGCAGCGCAUGCUAGCUCUACACGAACUAGUCAACGGGCCGCUCGGCGUAGCACCGCGAGCGAGGGCCCUGCUACUGCCGCACCUAGCUGCUACGACACGCGCGCUGCUACGAGAUAAGGCUGAGUGGGUUCGCGAGGCCGCCCACAAAUCGCGCUCGGAGGUCAAAGCGGCGCGACUCCUCGGCGAGGACACGACACGGCUGCGCGACCACACGCAUCAAGAACAGAUCGUGGAGCUUUGCGUGGAAACUCUCGGCGAAGUCGUAUCUCUCCUCGCGCGAGACGACGUCGGCCCAGUGGAGGCAGAUAGAGGUGAACUUGCGAGGCGUCUGCUACCGACGGUGUUGAAGACAGCGGCAACCAUGUUGAGGGAAAGGAAGAGUGAGGAUCACAGUAUUAGUGCCAGCGAUGAUGCUUUGUUGAGGAGAAUAGUCUCCGUUCUACUCGACAUAGUUCGUCAGAUGUCCGAAACCCAAUACGCGGUUGUCGUACGAGCGUUAGAAGCGGAGAAUGUGGGCGGGGCCGGGUCGCUGGUCUCCGAUGCCCUGUCUCUGUUCCUCGCGAUACUACAGAGGCCCUUGUUCAGACCCCACUGGGCUGAUAUGCUGCACUUACAGCAUUAUGUUAUGCUACAAGCUUUGAGACUCUUAGCAUCAACUCUCCGCGACCGUCUUCACUCCACGGACGAGUCAGACACCGACGCCUUAAACAACAUCCACGCCCUCUGCCGCACUUGGUUCGAAGCGGGCGCGUGCUUAGCCACGUCCCAGCCUUUACAACUAGAGACGUUGCCAGCGGCGAGGAAACAAAGACUCAGUUCCUUGUAUGGAGAUAUAAGGAGAGGUGUUGCUGAUUGUUUGAGCGAGAUGUGGUAUAGUUUAGAUGAACACAAACGUUCCUUUAUCCCGUGCCUCGUGGGUCCACUCUUGGAAGUCAGCUUCCUCAAAGACGAAGAGGUUCGGAACACGACGAUACCGCUAUUCUUCGAUAUGAUGCAGACUGAGUACAGUCACAGUGUUAUGCAUGGUGAGACCGAAAGCCCUCUAAAAGACCUAGAAAGCGAAAUGAUAGACAAAGUAGACGUAUUAGUCGAGAAGGGUUACGGGGACACAGUAUGGCGAGUCCGUUUCGUAUCUCUAUGCGGGGCAUUGUGCGGGGCGGCGGGCGGCGGUCUACGUACCGCCGCCGCCGCGCUAGUGGCCGCGGCCGCGAGGCAGUUGGACGCCUUGCUUCAGUACCGCGCCGCCGCGCAGAAGUCCGCCACACCGCAUAGAAUGCAUCUUACUACAUGCGUAUUACAUUUCUAUCAGCAGAUUGAGAGGCCGCAUAUGUAUAUACGUUACGUCCACAAACUAGCUAAAAUGCAUCACGCGGCCCAACAGUGGGCUGAAGCCGGUCUUUCCCUACUUUUACACGCGAAGCUGUUAGCUUGGAGUCACGAUCCUUUACCGCCACGACUUAGACAUCCCACCGUUGAACAUGAUAACCAUACUACACAUCGAGAACUAAAGGAAUACCUAUACCUCGAAAUAGCCCACCUGUUAAACCGUGGUCGACAAUGGGAGCUAGCCGUCGAGAUAAUAAAACAACUAGUCCAACAAUACGAAGAGGAGGCUCUUGGUUACGGCCCUCUAGCUGAACUGCACAGUCAGUUAGCGAGCCUGUACGACGCCAUGCUACGGACCCCGCGCUCACCGCCUUGCUACUUCAGAGUCGUGUAUCAUGGAAAAGGGUUCCCCGAGCUGUUAAGGACGCCUUAUGGCUACAUAUACCGUGGCAACGAGUAUGAGCAGUUACAAGACUUCAAUGAUCGUCUUCUAGACGAAUGGCCCGAGGCUGAGAUACUGCCGAAGUUGGGUCCACCGGGACCUGAAAUCACGGAGUCUAAUGGACAAUAUUUACAAGUGAACGCGGUCGAACCGGUGAUGGGAGACAAACUGAAGCGUCUCUCGGGCAAGCCCAUCGCUGAACAAAUACUACAGUAUUACAAACAUAAUAACGUCGACAAGUUUGAGUUCUCAAGACCUUUCUAUAGAGCAGAAGAACCAGUCGACGGCUCUACAGAUGAUUUAUCCAAUCAAAACGAGUUCGCAACUCGAUGGUUAGAGAAAACUGAACUUCAGAUCAGUGAAAAGUUACCAGGCAUUCUCCGCUGGUUCGAAGUGACGUCACAGCGUACGUACGAAGUUUCCCCCAUAGAGGCCGCUGUACAAGCGCUGCGAGAUACCAAUAGACUCCUUAAAUCGCUCAUCAUAGAGGCGAGAUCCCCGGAAACGCCGCUACAUAGGCUCACUAUGAGGCUUAGCGGCAUCCUAGACCCGGCCGUCCAAGGCGGUAUAGUGAACUACGAGCGUGCUUUCCUCACACCAUCUUACGAACACAGACACCCAGAUCACGCCCCUCUGUUAGCAGAGCUCAAAGAUCUAAUAGCCGAUCAGAUGCCGCUGUUGAAGUUUGGUCUAGACGUACACGGGCAGCGAGCGCCUGCCGAGCUGGAAGAGCUACACGCGCAUCUACUGAAGUGCUUCCGCAGGAUGCAGCAACACGUGCAUCAGAGAUAUGGACGGAAGAACUGUGACAUAGAAGUGGAAUCACCCGAGGUGCAGCUUCGCAUGCCGUUCCGCGACAGCUUACAGACGGAGUCCAGCAACACGUGCAAUAACAGGAUAUCAGAUAUAUCCACUAACACCGAAACUUCGUCGAAAACCAGAUUCUUUAGUUUCAAUGCUGCGAUAAAUCCUCUUGCAAGUAGGAACAGCAGUACCGGUGUGGUUGGACGCUUCGCUACACUGCAGAGUUCCCCUGGUCGACGGAAUAAGAGGAAUAGGAAGAGCGAAGUCGGCACCCAAGCAAGCGGCAGCCAAUGGUACACACAACCAACACCCAACGGCUCCGUCAACAGCAACAGCGUCAGCAACAGCCCGAGCACGAACAACAACCCACCAAUCAACAACAACAGCGUAACCAGCAUCAACAGUAUCAGCCAAUCAGAGACCAGCUCGCCGCUAAGAGAACUGCGCCAAGAGGUGAGACAAGUACUUAAGCUGGUGACUGAGCGCCCCCUCCGCGCCGACGUUGAGCGCGAGCGUCGCCUCUCGCAACGAACUAGCUUGAUCAACUCUUCCGCACCACCCUCGAAUAGAGACUCUAUGGGUACAACAGAUUCUAACCAAGAGGAAGAAGAGCCACCACCACUACCAAAGAAAUACAACCACCGAAGCAUGGACCUCGAGAGCGACAGCAACAACAACGGGGACUCGAACCCGCUCCCCGCCAGGCACAACUACGACACCGUGUGGGCGCCGCGAGGCUCCUUCCUGUACAACUCUAUAGCGAACAGGAGAAACGACAAGGCUCCUACACCGCCGCCGAAAAAGAGGAAUGCCCAGUAAAUAAUAAUAAUUAUUAUAUAUUACGUCCUUAUGUAUAAAGUCCUGACUAAUUUUCGGACGAGGUGCUAGACACCAGCUAAAUACGCAGGACAUAUUCUAGUUCACAAUUGUCUGUGCAAAUAACAUGUGCACUCCAUUUUCUUACUCUUUUAUACCCCCAGACGGUAAUCUAACACGAACGGAGAUUGAUCAGGCGCAGGUCUCAGAACACGGAUGAUCUGAUAUAUAUUGUCAAUCAAGUCAAUUCCAUGCCAAGAUCAGCUUAUCACGGUCCACUGAAUAUUGGCUUCUCUCUCCCAAGUCAUCGGUCCAUCGAAUUGAGGGUAUACAACCUGACCUAGGCUUUUAACCACACAUACAUAUUAUACUAAAUUUCAGCUUCUUUAUCCCACUGCUGAGCUAAAGUCUUAAAAUAUUAGACAAAGAAAGAGCAGUGAAAAUGAAGAAACUUAUUGAGGGAUAAGGGAGUGAGAAAUAUGGCAGUGAAAUUCAAUUCAAAAAAUGAUAUUGUAAUGAAAACGUGCUUUACUAUGUAAACAAAAUUCGCGAAAAGCCACCGAAAUUUUAAAUUAAACAAAUACUUAUAUAAUUAUAAUGUUACUCUAAUGUAAUCUAACCCAAUUUUAUUUCAAAUGAUAUUUUUGUGAUAUUAAAAUUCAUUCGAUGCCAUUUAUCCAAAGGUUUUUAACGAUAUUAUUAUUACGAUUGAUAUUCAAAUGUUACCGAAAAUUGAUAUUUUUUUUCAAGAAUGUGACUUUCUUCCAAAAUUCUUGAAAUAACAAGUAAUUUAUAUUAUUUCACGCAGUUUUAUAUAUCAAUAUAUCAAAAACUUGGAGUCGACAAAACGCGUCUUGUAGUAAAUUUAUCUUAAAAUAUUUUCAUUUUCAAAUAAUCUUCUUAAUUGAACAAUAUUUUAGAGUAAUCAGCGAACGUAUUAAAAUGAUGAUCAAGAAAUUAUUAGUCGUAGAAAUUAUGCUUCAGUAUUUUUUAUUUGUACGUAAUUUGUAAUAUUAAGUGAAUAUUUCCGGUAUAUUAUACAAAAGUAUUUAAAAGGCAUUUCUUUAUAAACUUUCGCUUAUUUCAAUCUACUUACUCAAUAAUUUAAUUUUAUUGAAUUGUAUAAUAUAGUUAACGACGGUUCUUAAAUGGCUUAACCAACAGCAAACACAAUUUAAUAACUGUUGAAAAACCUCAUAUUAAAUGCAGCGAUGAUUAUUUAGUCUAUAGAUCAACUAAUAACUACAAAAAACAACAGAUAGAAAGCCUUUUUGUACCGAAAGUAAGUUAAUUUAAACAUUAUUAUUAUAAAUAUGUUAAUAAUUAUCAUAUAAGUAAAAGGAAUACCGUUUUUCCAUGAUAUACCAUUUCGCGGCCAUAAAUAGCACCAAACAUACAAAAUAUAUGUUAUUAUUUUGUAUAUAAAUAUUAUUAUUAUUACCUACUGUAUAGGUUUAGUUCAAUAAGUCGAUCAUUUGACAGUAAUUUUAAGGAUAUUUUAAUUUAAAGUUGUGCUUCAUUUGUAUAUGAAUGUAAAAACAGUUUUUUUUGUUGAAAUGUCUGAAUCGAGUAGUCUAAUGAUAUUAUUUCUGUAGGACUAGUCUAUACUCGAGAUUCACACUAUUAAACAUAUUGUUUCAAAAGUAUACAUUUGAUAAAAAUCCACUAUGUUUAAGUACUGUCUUCAAAACAAAACAAAAAAAUACUUUUCAACAUUGUUUCGUCGACAGUACACUACUUGUUAUUUAUAAUUUAAAUAAACAGAUCAAACUAGAUUAAGGGAAAUGUUUAUUUAUAUAUUUUGUAGCAUUUUCGUGAUUAUAACUUUUAAUUUAGUGUUAUUUGUUGAUUCUUAUAUCGUCAAUCGCGGGUGAGUCAGUCUUUUUAUCAAACCUUUGAAUAUUAUAAAACCGAUUUAUCCUAAGCAAUGGCCUAGUGUUACUUCACAAACAAGUGAAAAAUAAAGAACAAUUCUUAAAUUUAUAUAAUCCAAAGAAUUAUUAAAAACAAUCGGAUUGCCUUGAAAAGAUUAAUGAAAAUGAAAUGCUAAAACACCUGUAUCUGUAAUUAUCGGACCGUCUAAGUGACAUUACUGGCUUAUGACGUCACUAUGCCAUGACAGUACCCGAACAAAAUGCAUCGAAUUAAUACAGGUCUGUCUUUAUGCUUCUAAUCAUAAAAUAAUUGUCAACAACAAUCCUAUUUUGUUUCCACUAUUAUACAGCCCUUCUAACCAAAUAACGUGUCUACAAUGGUUUACGUUAUUACGUUAAUAAAUGUAUGGAAAUGCAUGCGACUUUCAUCUCCAUACAUUUGAGCGUUUUGUAUGACGUUAACAUUUUUAUUGGAGUUGCCUCUUGACUAGAGCAGCCCCUGUUUUCAUACUCGUGCCCGCGGCCAUAAAACACCAAAUAUACGAUUGUUGUGUUUUUUGUAUAUUGUAUAAUUGAUUUGUAUAUUAUUAUUAUUAGCUAGAUACAUAAGUAUGAUAUUAUUGUGUACGCAUGUUGCAAUAAUUGUUUUUACCAGCAAAAUAAAUAGAUAUUUUAUAGAU